UGUCCCGAAGGUUGCGCAGCUGGUGCUCAUUGUCGUUCUGAGAUUAUACGGUUGAACUUGAUCUGGAUAAUUCCAGCGAAAGGACUCAUGCGUGCUUUCCUUUUUCUGCCCCCACCCUUUGCUUUGCAUUCACCUGUGAUCCCUAGCUACUGAGACUGGACCUGUUCUUUCAAUCUGGGUCCUGUCCUGGCGGUCUCGUCGACUCACACAUUGCGCCCGUGCGGGACGAUACUGACUGGAGGUUUAUAGAAAUGGAAGGAAAAGAUGGGCGUCCCGCCCUACCGGCUGUCCAUGACAAGACAGAGCUCGGUAUCGCCUGCUCAGAUCAGCCUGGAGAAAUCCUAGUGGACGAUCGUGUUCCGGAUUAUGAUUCGCGACAGCAUGGCUGGACUCUCCCAGGGCGCAUCGGGGCAGCCGUGAGAAGUUUUGAAAAGCAGCUCGUUAGUUACAAUCUCGAAGCUCGAGGGAUACAGCGUGUAGAGGAGAGUGAACGUAUCCAAUUGUCAUGGCUGCCUUACCUGCAGUCGUUCUUGCUGUGGGUUUCGAUUAAUCUGGCCGCCAAUAAUAUCACUCUGGGCAUGCUUGGUCCUGCGGUCUAUUAUCUGAGCUUCCUUGACUCAGCUCUUUGUGCAGUGCUUGGAGCGCUUGUGGGAUCUUUGGUGGCUUCAUGGUGCGCCACGUGGGGUCCAGUCUCUGGAAAUCGAACAAUGGUGUUUGGGAGAUAUUCCAUGGGUUGGUGGCCAAGCAAGAUUGUGGUCUUACUGAAUCUCAUUCAAAUGAUUGGAUACUGUAUGAUCGAUUGCGUGGUUGGAGGACAGAUCCUAUCUGCAGUUUCGCCUGGAGGCAGCAUGUCGGUUGCUGUUGGAAUUGUAAUUGUGGCCGUCAUCAGUUGGGCAGUAGCCACAUUUGGUAUCCAGAUCUUCCACUACUAUGAACGUUUCGCGUUUCUGCCUCAACUGAUAGUGGUGCCCAUUUUAUACGGCACAUCAGCGAAGAAAUUCGACCUGUCAGCGCCUUCCCAAGGAGAUCGCCGUACUCUUAUUGGCAAUAGACUAUCGUUCUUCUCAAUUUGCUUGAGUGCUGCUAUUACAUACAGUCCCUUAGCAGCAGACUUCUUCGUCUACUAUCCCACGCGCACUUCCAAGCCAACCCUUUUUAUUCUAUCGCUGUUGGGCCUGAUGACGUCCUUCACAUUGGCUUUCCUUGUCGGAAUUGGACUAGCAAGCGGUAUCGCUACUCAUCCUGAAUAUGCCGCGGCAUGGAAUACAGGCGCCGGCGCUCUCAUCGUCGAAGGGUUCGGCCCUCUUCACAACUUUGGCAAGUUCUGCUCCGUGGUUGUUGCACUAGGCUUGGUCGCGAACACCAUCGCACCAACAUACUCCUCCAGUAUUGACUUCCAGAUCCUUGGCCGGUACGCAGAGAAGGUUCCGCGAGUCAUCUGGAACACAUUCGGCGUUAUCAUUUAUACUGUUUGUGCCCUCGCUGGUCGUGGUCACCUAUCCGAGAUAUUCACUAAUUUCCUCGCCCUCAUGGGAUACUGGGUUGCCAUCUGGUUCGCCAUCCUCCUCGAGGAACGUUACAUCUUCCGACGCCGUGCUGGCUAUAACUGGGCCGCUUGGAACGAUCCAUCCAAGCUCCCCAUUGGAAUUGCCGCCUUUAUCGCAUUCGUUGUCGGCUGGGUCGGUGCUGUCCUCUGCAUGGCACAGGUCUGGUACGUAGGACCUAUUGCCGGUCUUGUAGGAGAAUACGGUGCCGAUAUGGGCAACUACGUCGGUUUUUCCUGGGCCGCCAUCGUAUACCCACCAUUACGAUACAUCGAACUUCGCUUCUUCGGUCGUUAGCGCUCUUCUCUUCAGCAUGAGCAUAUAUUCCUGCUAUAGAUGACGCCAUCAAACAUAUCCACGUGUGAUGUUUUGUCGAUAUGUGCAUAAACCAACUUUUCCUGCUGAGAAUGGUUUCGAUUAUUAGACAUCAUCUUGGAAAAAAUUAGAGCUAAAAGGUCCGUCGCAUUGUCAAGAGUACAUAGAUCGUCUCCUUUUCUUCUGAUACUUAUAUAUUGGUUUUCCUGUAUGUAUAUGCAGCUUUAUUU